UGGGAAGGAGCAUUAGGUUGGGCUAUUUCUUCAGUCAAGUUAGGCCUAUGUAGCAGGCAGGCAAAGCAGAAGCAGUUUGCUACCAUAUACAAUGCUUAACUGUUGUAAAUACAUACGAAAACAUAGAAUUAAUUUGUAAGUAACUGGAAAAUUAUCUGUUCUUGCGACUGAAGUUUACCCUUGCGAUAGCUAUAUACAAUUGAACAAUAUGGCGGACAGAAAGGCAGAGCUCGAAAGAAAGAGAAGGAAGCUGGAGGAGAUGAAAAAGGCACGAGAAGAAAAGAAAAAAGCAGAAAAGGCAGCUGCCAGUGCUGGUGUACAGAAAGCAUCCUUACCUGGCCCUAUUGCAUCACAAUCUGAUAUUGAUAAACUGUUGGAGGAUAUUGAUUUGCCUUCGUCUAGCACAGUGGUUGCAAGCCCGCAAAUUGCAAGCCAGGAUAGUCAAUCAAUAUCAUCUGAAGACAGCAAGCCAACAUCACCUGCCCCACAAAGGCCUGUGCCAAAGCUCUCUGUUGCUCAUCUCAACAGUAUAAAUGUCCCUCCAAAGGAAAUGGUGUCCUACACUAAAGAAACACAGACUAUUGAAGUACAGCCUGUGGAACCUGAAGAUGAUCGGGAAAGUCUAGAACUUCAAAAGAGAGAGGCAGAAAAACAAGAGGCCAUCAAGCAGGAAAAAGAAGAGGAGAAAAAAAGAUUAGAGGAAAAGAAGGAAGAAGUUUCCAAAGUGCUGGAGCUAAGCGAAGAGCAGAGAUCGCAUAUUCUUAGUUCGCAAGACUUUUCCCAGUUUUUUGACAAAGCAACACGUCUGGUUGAGAAGGCAAUAUGUGAGAAUAUGGACAUUUGCUUUGAUUACGGCGGAAGCGCGGAAGAUGCUGAAGGCGAUGCAGAAGCCGCUGCAAGAUUGUCAUUAAACAGAAAGUUUUAUGACGAGCGAUGGUCGAAGCACAGAUGCGUCACCUGCAUGGAUUGGUCUUCUCAGUAUCCCGAGCUACUUGUUUCUUCCUAUAAUGAAAACGAGUCUGCUCCUCAAGAUCCGGACGGCGUUGCUCUUGUCUGGAAUAUGAAAUACAAUAAAACCUCUCCAGAAUACGUUUUCCACAAUCAGUCCGCUGUGAUGUCCGUUUGUUUUGCCAAUUUCCACCCUAAUUUAAUCAUUGGUGGCACAUAUUCCGGACAAAUUGUAUUAUGGGAUAACCGAAGCAGAAAGAAAACGCCUGUUCAAAAGACGCCAUUGUCUUCAACUGCUCAUACGCAUCCUGUGUAUAGCAUCGAUGUCGUUGGCACACAGAAUGCCCACAAUCUCAUCACUGCAUCGACAGAUGGCCGCAUGUGUUCUUGGAGUCUUGACAUGCUUGCCCAGCCACAGGAAACAAUGGAUUUACAACACAAACAAUCCAAAGCCGUUUCAGUAACAAGCAUGUCGUUUUUAUCUGGAGAUGUUAAUAAUUUUGUUGUUGGCAGUGAAGAUGGUUCUGUAUAUACUGGCCAUCGACACGGAAGCAAAGCUGGCAUCAUCGAUCAGUUUGAUGGUCACAAUGGGCCGGUCACCGGUAUUAGUUAUAAUUGUGUUCCAGGCCAGGUCGAUUUCUCACACCUGAUUCUGACUAGUUCCUUUGACUGGACCAUCAAACUAUGGAGUAACAAGAGCACAAAGUUGCUUUACUCAUUUGAGGACAAUGGUGACUAUAUAUACGAUGUGCAAUGGUCGCCAAUCCACCCAGCUGUAUUUGCCGCGGUUGAUGGCAUGGGGAGACUUGAUCUCUGGAACCUUAACAAGGAUACCGAAGUUCCCACAUGCAGUGUAACAAUUGAGCCGCUGUCCGCUAUCAAUCGAGUGAGAUGGGCAGCCUCCGGACAUCAAAUAGCUGUCGGCGAUGACGAUGGCCAUACUUACAUUUAUGACGUCGGAGAGCAACUUGCUGUGCCACGCCCAGAUGAAUGGAGUCGAUUCGUAAACACUUUGCAAGAACUGCAAGCCAAUCAAGCGAAUCUGUCUUCGGUUGAACUCGGUGAUUUCAAGGCUUUAUCUCCGUCAAGCUAUAUUUCUCCAGUUAGAAUGUGACACCAUAGAUGUUUUCUGUAUUCAAAUGGAAAUUCCAAGAAAGACCUGCUAUAGUAGUAAUAACGUAUCUAAACUAGUUUUGUUUCUAUUUAUUUGGAAUUUUUAGAAAUA